UAUUUUGUGGUACAUCUGUGCCCCUUCACAACCCAUCAACAUGGCACUGGCAGGAAUCAGUCAUGAAGAAGCAAAGGCAUCUUGCGCCGAACCCGACGCUUCAACUAAAGAAUUCAUAUUCCAACAGACAAUGUUUCGUAUCAAAGACCCCAAGAAAUCUCUAGAUUUUUAUACUCGUGUUUUGGGAAUGAGGUUGUUGAAGAAGGUCGACUUUCCUGAUAUGAAGUUUUCACUUUUCUUCAUGGGCUUUGUGGAUGCCAACGAAAUGCCCACAGAUCAUGAUGAAUGCAUAAAGUGGUUGUUCCAGCAAAAAGCUACACUCGAGUUAACACAUAACUGGGGCACAGAAACUGAUGAAAAGUUCAAGUGUCACAGUGGAAAUAUUGAACCUAAAGGCUUUGGACAUAUUGGACUCAGCGUGCCAGAUGUUGAUGCGGCAUGUAAACGAUUUGAAGCUUUGGGAGUGGAAUUUAUUAAAAAGCCUGAAGAUGGUAAGAUGAAGGGUCUUGCUUUCAUUAAGGACCCAGAUGGUUACUGGAUUGAGAUUCUGAACCCAGAAAAGAUGUGCGCCAUCAUCAAUAAGUGCUGAUCUUGUGUCGUUGUGCAGAGCAAAUAGUUUGGGUUAGGGUUAGAGUGCAAUCUAUAGAGGCCUGUUUUCCAUCCUUUGAUAGAACCACAUGGCUUUUCAUCUGACUUAUGGUCCACCUGAUUGUAUGGUAUUGUUUUGAAGAAUAUGGAAAUGAAUGCCCGUAAAAAUACGUAGUAACAUGUCAAAACAUUUUGUAUCUGUAGAAUUUGACCAAAGAAUUUGGCCUCAGUUAUCACAACAAAAUAGUAAAAAUGUAUGGUAACAUUGUUUUAUUUAGAGUGAUAUUAAUGUGCUAUUGCUUGUUGAGAUAAUUCAAAUUUGUGUUUGGUCUUUACACAACUAAACUACCUUUGGAUACCCCAGUUUCAAGCCGUGAUUUCUAGUAGCUAUGACUCUGAGUAGUAGUCCUACAUUUAGCAUGAGAUUCUGUAAUUCUCUUUGUCCAGUUUCUUAAUUGUAGUUUUAUAUCCAACUACAAAUCCAAAAUUUUAACGUAACAUAUUUGUCCAAAAAAAUUGACUGGCACUGAACUAAAUCAUGUCUUCCGUUUCCAAGGUACAAUCAGUUGUUUCAAGCUCCUGCCUUUUGUUUGUGAUCAUUUGAGAGAUCAUUGCAAAAACAUGUACCUUUGCCUUGAAUUUAUGUACAGACGAAUAAACUAUUUAUCACAGUAA